CGGGGUGGACCCGGAUGAGGCGGCGGCACGCGAGGAGCGGGGGCCCGGCAGCCGGCAGCCUCGGGCCGUUAAGCGCGGGGCCGUGAGGGGAGGGAGGCGCGCCGGGGGGUGAGGAUGCUGCCAGUGUACGCCAUCCUGCUCUCGGCGCUGGCCGGCUGUCUCCUCACGCUGCUGCUGCAGCUGCUGCUCCUCUAUAGGAAAGCCCCGCAGCCCCCCGGGGGGACCGGAGCCGACGACGGCCUCGUCUACGCCCGAGUCGCGGCCGGCCGCAGCCUGAAGGACUAUCUGCGUGGCACCGAGCCCGCGGGCGGACAGGCGGCCCCGGAGCCGGCCCCGGCCUCGGCCCCCGCCGCCUCAGCUCCUUCGGCGGGCCCGGAGCCCGGCACCAAGCCGGCCCAGCAGCCCGAGCCCGGCCCGGAGCCUACGUCCAGCGAGGAGACGUGCCAUUUCCUCAACGCCAUCUUCCUCUUCCUCUUCAGGGAGCUCCGGGACACGGCCUUAGUGAGGAACUGGGUGACCAAAAAGAUCAAAGUGGAGUUCGAGGAGCUGCUGCAGACCAAGAUGACGGGGAAGGUGUUGGAGGGGUUGAGCCUUCGGGACGUGUAUCUGGGCAACGUCCUGCCCGUCUUCAAGGCCGUCCGGCUCAUCCGGCCCGUGGUGAGCAGCGAGGAGGGCUGUCCCGAGGAGCUGGGCUUUGAGGUGGACCUGGAGUACAACGGCGGCUUCCAUCUGGCCAUCGACGCGGACCUGGUCUUUGGCAAGUCGGCCUACCUCUUUGUCAAGCUGUCCCGGGUGAUGGGCAAGCUGAAGCUGGUCUUCACCCGCCUGCCCUUCACGCACUGGUACUUCUCCUUCAUGGAUGACCCCCUGAUUGUCUUCGAAGUCAAGUCCCAGUUUGAAGGGAGGCCCAUGCCUCAGCUCACUUCCAUCAUUGUCAAUCAGUUCAAGAAGGUUAUCAAGCGCAAGCACACCCUACCCAAUUACAAAAUCAGGUACAAGCCUUUCUUCCCAUUUCAAGUGUCGUCACCUGAUGAGUAUGAAGAUCGAGACCUCUGCAUACAGGAUUUGCCACUGACAGAAGGUCGACUAAAAGUCACAUUAAUUGAAUGUACAAGGUUAUUUAUAUUUGGAUCCUAUGAAAAGGAAACAAAUGUUCAUUGCACAAUGGAGCUGAGCAGUAGUGUUUGGGAAGAAAAAUCAAGGAGUUCUAUUAAAACGGCAGAGCUAGUGAAAGGGAAUCUGCAAAGCGUUGGCCUCACGCUCCGCCUUGUGCAGUCCAAGGAAGAUGAUGCAGGGCAUGUUGUUAUUGAAACAGUUACACCAAACUCACCUGCAGCAGCUGCUGAUCUACAGAGGGGUGACAGACUCCUAGCCAUUGGCAGUGUUAAAAUCACAUCAACUGUCCAAGUGUUGAAGCUUAUUAGACAGGCUGGGGACAAAGUCUUAGUUUUUUAUGAAAGGCCUGUUGGAUAUAAUCAACAUGGUUCAGCACUACAGGAUGGAUUUGGACAAUUGGAAGAUGCUGCUUUCUUGACACAGCAAGAAGAUGACCAAGUUAAUGUAUCAGCUGAUGUUGACAGCAGAGAUUUUGAUUCAGAAUUCGAGGACUUAGCAUGUGAAUCACCUGAUCAAAAAGAAGAUAUGCCAACAACUCCAAGUCCCAAACGUUCAGUAGUAAUACUUGCUGCUAAACCACUUGGAACCAUAUCUCCAAUUCUGAAUCGAAAACUGCAUUUAGGAAAUUAUCAGACAACAUCUAAAAUGCAACAGAAAGAUGGAGCCAAACUGGCAACACCCAAAGCCUCUGAGAGUUCAGAUGCAUCACUGGUAUCAGGUAAGCAGUCACAAGGUUCUGGUGCUAAGCCUCCUGUUCCACCUAGACCACAAAUCAGGCCUACUUUGCCUACUAAUGAAACUCAAAAUCAGUUGGAAGCCGGAGGUGUAUCUUCUGAAAAAACAGAGAGGCCACCUCCGUCUUCAGGUAAUGGAGAUAAAUGUACAGAGAAAGUAGUAAAGAAUAAUGAUCAAACAGAAGACCCAACAUUAUCGAAAGUAGCAGCAAUACCAAAACAAGAUGCAUUAAAAGAUGGAAUUUCAGAAAAUGCACGUGGUCACAAAGAUGGUGGAGAUGAUCAUCGAACUUGGGAAUCACCAGAAAUUCCAUAUCGAGUCCGACAAGGUCGGUGGCCAAAGACAAGAACAUCCUCCUGUCUGUUUGAAGUAGAAGGAUCUCAUAAGUACCUUAACGUUGCACUGUGGUGCAGAGACCCUUUCAAAGCAGGUGGUUUUAUCUGCCUAGGAUAUGCAAGCAUAAAACUUGAAGAAAUUGCUUUAGACUGUAUAGCUACAUCAUCGAUGGAAUAUGUUAGAACAUUUAAAUUGAGUGCUCCUACACCUAAAGCAGCAGUCACUAGAACGGCGUUGAGGAAUUUGACAACCCAUAAGGGAUUUAAUGAAAAGUUCUGUUAUGGUGAUAUAGCUUUACACUUUAAAUAUUUUAAAGAAGGUGAAGCAGAUGAUUCAAAUUUUCUGUUGGAGAAAGAAAAGGAAUGCCAUCUGGAAGAAGAAGUUAAUGUACUUCAGAAAGAGGAUCCUUACAUGGGACAAAUUGUUCUUACUGAGAACAAGCAUAACUUUCAAGAUACUCAGUUUCAGAAUCCAACUUGGUGUGAUUACUGCAAAAAAAAGGUAUGGACUAAAGCAGCUUCACAGUGUAUGCUCUGUGCUUAUGUUUGCCAUAAAAAAUGUCAAGAAAAAUGUCUAGCUGAAACGCCCUUCUGUGUAGGAGCUGAAAAGCGACAUGAUCGAACUGCAGGAGGUUGUAGAGCAGAAGGACAGGAAACUUCCCAAGCUGCAUCCAUUCGUGUCGAUUCAGAGUCUAAAUCUGUUAACAGGACUGCAGGUUUGACCAGGCAUAUCAUCAAUACAAGUACUCGUUUGUUAAACCUCCGUCAAGUCCCCAAAGCUCGCCUUUCUGAGCAGGGAACAGAGAUUGUAGAGCCUUCACCAAAGCACACGCCAAACACUUCUGAUAAUGAAAGUAGUGAUACUGAAAUUAGUGGUCCGAGUAGUCCUUCAAAACGUGCAUCGGGUAGUGGGAUAAAACUGGUCAGAAAGGAGGGUGGUCUAGAUGACAGUGUCUUCAUUGCAGUUAAGGAAAUUGGGCGUGAUCUCUACAGAAGUCUACCCACAGAGGAACGUUUUCAGAAAUUAGAGUUUAUGUUGGAUAAGUUGCAGAACGAAAUAGACCAGGAGCUGGAAAAUAACAAUUCACUUGUUAAAGAAGAAAAAGAGGCAACCGAGGCAAGGAAAAAAGCAUUAAUUUCUGCUGCGCUGGCUAAAUCAGGUGAAAGACUGCAAGCCCUUACACUGCUGAUGAUCCACUACAGAGCAGGCAUUGAGGAUAUAGAGUCCUUGGAGAGCAUGUCCUCAGACCGGCAGUCUAAAAGAGUGACUAAAGAUUCAGAGGAAGCCAGUAUAGCAGAAGAAGUGGAUAAUGAAGAUAUUGGUCUGACAGAGGCUCCGACAUUCAACGUCAUAUCAGAUGAAUCAGUUGAUCCACCUCAGUCAGUAGACUGAUAUUCACGUUUAGCCUUUGAAGGACCUGACUUAAACAAAUGCUUUGCACUUAAUUACAAACAUACAGAACGAAUGAAAACGCUGGUAGAACACACCUGCUUCUCCACAGUUAUUUGCCUAUGUAAGAGUACAGCUGAUAAUGGUUCUUCUCCAGCUGCAGCACCAUCGUUCUAUUAAACCAGCUGGUUAAAACUGCAUUUUGGGGUUUAUAUUGGAAAUUUAUUUUUAAUAACUUAUUUUCAUUUUUUCUAAUUUUGUAACCUUACCAUUUCAUAUUAAUGUGUGGUGCCCCCCACCACUCCUGGACCCCCUUCCCCCCACCCUUUUUUUUUUUUUUU